AUGGGCGGACCCGUCCACCUGGCGGGGGAUCUCGACUCAUGGAUCCACUUCCCUUUGCACAGUAAUGACAUCAUCGCUGCCAGCUUUCCCCAGACGCAAUCCCGGAAGAACGCCCAUUGGGACAUGUCCACUCCAAUCGAACGCGAUCACGACUCAGCAACUGACAUCCGGCAACGCAACCAGGCAAGCUUGGGUGGCGUCCAUGCGGAUGCAGCCAUCAAAUUGUGCAUGAAGACGGUGACCAGUAGCAUUAGGGCACUUCAACGAUCGACCAUCAUCUGCGCAUUGUUCAAGCGCGGGGCCGAAAGUUUCCAAUGGUCGGAGAAAAGCGCCUCUCCAUGCUCAACGUGCUGA